CAGAAUAAACAAUCGUCUGCACACCGUAAAGAGGUUAAAAUUUAUGACCUUGCGUUUGCUUCACUUAUUUUCACACAAAUUUAUUACAAAUAUAUAUAAAUAGAGAAAGUAAGCAUACCUGGAACUCUUGAAAUAAGUUAGCAGAUUCAGGAAUCAAGGGUAAUUUCAAUGUCAAAUUCGCAUAUGUUUUUACCAUCGGGGUUCAUUCGAACCCCGUUACAAAAUGGACUUGGACGUUAUAUUCCACAACUUCAAAGGAUUACGCUCAAAUUUUGUAAAAAUCAUGGAGGAAGCCGUGGCGUUCGAGACUUUAUUGAAUCUGAUCUGAUGGAGUUUGCGAAGACCAAUCCUGGAACAGUUGUCUAUUUGAAACCUAGAAGGCAUCGCUCCCCUUGUAUGGUGGCAGAAUACCUGAAUGGAGAACGGGAAUACUUGAGUUGCCAUGAAUUCAGUAGAGAUGAAGUUCAUAAAUGGCUGAGUUACAUGUGUACAAGAUCAGGAAUUCCUGUGAUGAGAUUCAGAAAAUAUCAACAUACAGAUUACCCAACAGUACAAGGAGUUUGGAAUCCAUUCACACACCAAGCACCUGAGAUCAAUAUAGCAGAAUUCCCUCAUGAAGUUCUAUCCAGACCUCUUGAUCAUGGGCCUACUGCAACUGAACAGUUGAUCGAAAUUUUCAAGAAAACACAGAUAGAAGACCCAGCAAAUAAACCACCAAACUAGAACUUUAGGCAAUAGCCAAACCAAUACAGUUUAGAUAGAAAUU